AUGAGUGCUCCGGAGGUGAAAAUCGAAGAGGGUCUGGUCCGUGGAUUCGUCGGGUCCGACUUAGAUGGAAAUCCAAUACUAUCUUUCCUUGGCAUACCGUAUGGAAAGCCGGCGCCUCCAGUGCCUGUUGAACCAUGGAGUGGUGUCUUGGAUGCCACCAAACAAGGGCCCUGUUGUUACCAAAUGGAUCAUAUAACUGGUGAAAUCAGAGGUUCUGACAAUGGAUUGAACGUCAAUGUAUUCACAAGAGAGUUACCUAGACCUAAUUCUCCACCCAAAGCAGUGAUGGUAUGGAUCCAUGGUGGUGCAUUCUUCGAAGGAUCUAAUGCAACUGAGGUAUUUGGUCCAGAAUUCUUGUUAACUGCAGAUAUCGUACUUGUAGUCAUCAACUAUCGUUUGGGUUUCCUUGGAUUCUUGAAGGCAAAAGAUUCCUCUUUGGGUGUACAUGGAAAUGCUGGACUCAAAGACCAGACUCUAGCACUGAAGUGGGUACAAAGAAAUAUAAAAUAUUUCAAUGGUGACCCAGGAAAUGUAACUAUAUUCGGAGAGAGUGCUGGAGCUGCCUCAGUUCACUAUCAGCUAUUGUCAGCAUCCACUGAGGGUCUCUUCCACAAGGCUAUUCUACAAAGUGGUAGUGCUCUCAACCCUUGGGCUCAGACAAGACAUUGUGCAAUAGAGUUUGUCAAAUUCAUGGGUAAGGAUGUGAGUACCGAGAAAGAAGCCCUAGAUUAUUUGCACAGUGUCCCCGUUGAAGACAUAUUGGCAUAUCAAAACAAAUACGUAGCGUCCCAUGAAACACGGAUCGGUCUAAUUGGUCCCCAAGUAGAGACACCAAAUGGAACGGAAGUUAUCUCAGAACGUCCGAUAGAUCUCCUCAAAUCAGGAAAAUAUCAACAAGUUCCAUUGAUGAUAGGGUACAACUCUAAGGAAGGUUUGUUGGCAGUCAAUAGUGAUGGUAUGUUCCACACUCCCUAUCAGGAUGAGGAAAAACAUAAUUUGGAUCUAUUCAUCCCUUGGUUUAUGGAUAUUCCAAAAGGAUGUUCAGAAAGUAAGCAAAUUUGUGACAAAUUUGCUAAUGUCUAUUUGAAUGGAGAAAAUGUUCACGAUAAAUAUUUGUUACCAUCGGAUUUCUACUUCAUUGCUGGUAUCAUAGCAAGUGCAAUGCAACAUGCGAAAUCAUCAAAGAAUCCAGUAUAUUUGUACAGAAUGGACUUGGACACUGACAUCAAUUUCUCGAAGGUUUCGGAAAAUAUCAGAGAAUAUCCAGGUAUGAGCCACGCCGAUGAUUUGGGUUACAUUUUCAACAUAACCUGUAAUCCUGAUAUGAAAAUUGGUGAAGUCGAAGAAAAGGCAAUGAGGCGUGUCGUGGAGUUAUGGACCAAUUUUGCGAAGUAUGGAAACCCCACACCAGAGGGCAAUAAACUCAAUGUCCAAUGGAAACCGAUUGAAGGGGAUCACUUGCAUUAUUUGGACAUCACAAAUGAUGAAUUAAUCAGCGAUAAGAAUCCACAGUUGGAGAGAGUUAAUGCAUGGAGAGAAAUAUUCAAUGUUAGUUCUCAUACUGUUGGAUAUAUGUAAUUGACUCAAUAAAGUGUAUCCUGAAACCCCCG